AUCCGUUUUCCAUUCCCCAACCUUUAUGUAUAAAUAGGUCGCAAAACUGUACAGCAUUGCCCAAACAGAGAAGUUUUACUCAACAUGUUUAUAAAUACAUGCGUUUCCUCAAUUACGUUCUUACUAUCAUCCGGUCGACUUACAAACCAAUGCGAAUGUAUGCUCUGAUAUGAAUGAAAAGCUAGGCGUGAAAACGUCGUUUGACGUAAUAUGAAAGACGUGUCACGUCGUUCAUACGUUACACGCACACACACACACAUACACACAUGUAUAUAUAUAUAUUUAUAUUUAUAUGUAAUGCAUAGAGAUUAGAUUCAGUGUGUAAGACAGAGAGAUGACCGUCACUACAGUAGACACUUGGAAUGAAAGUAAAAAAACUUUCGCCUCUACACCAAGAAAGAAAUCGCUCAACAAUUUACCAAUUAUUUCGGAAAGAAAUGUUGUUACAGACACGGUGAAAGAAAGUGGAACGAAACAGUGCUGCCCCGAAACAAAAUCUAAAGCUACCAAAAGAUAUCGAUUUUCCAAAGAUGACCCAGACGACUCUGUAGCAUGCCAAAGGAUAAUAAUGGAGGUUAUGAAAGAACGAUUAGUGGCAUCAAAGAUUUCAGCCCUGAAAGGUCGUCUACAGAUGUUGACAUUAAUGGUAAAUGAUUGUGAAGAAUAUUUGCGACAAAAAGAGCAACUCCGUUUACGGCAGAAGCAAAAGAAAACUAUAUUGCAAAUUAUUUUAGUGACAGUUGUUAUUAGCAUAAUAUUAUUUAUUCCAUUUUUGUACAGUCAACUGUAACAUGGCACCGGGUUCAGUUCCACUGCAUAACUCUUUGGGCAAGUAUCUUCUGCUAUAACUCCCGAACCAACCAAAGACUUGUGAGCGGAUUUGGUAGACGGAAAUUGAAAGAAACCCGUCGUAUGUAUAUGUAUGCAUGCAUGUAUGACUAUAUGCGUCCAUCCUCUCACCACUGUAACUUAGUGGUUCAUAAAAGUAACCCGAAAUGAUAUGUAUCAAACUUUAAAAAAUUAAACACCGAGGUCGAUUCAUUUGGAGGCGCCGCUGUACGGAUGUUGUCCAAUGACUGAAGCAAAAGAUAAAAGAUACAUACAUCGGCCAAGCAUGAAUUUUCUUUCUUGGCUUCACCGCCGCUCGCACCACAUCUGAUUUUCCUGUUUCCUGACUUUCAUCAAUGUUUGUGCCUUAAUGCUCCCACUUUACACGCCAGCUCAAUUUAACCUGUCCUUAUUAAUCGAAAGACACCUGUUGUUGUUCUUGUUUGUAUCUGUAAUCGAGUAACAUUUCUUCCGUUUUCUGUUUUUUUUUGUCUGUGUUGUCGCACUUAUUCGCUUGAUUUCUUCCAAAAAUUUAAUGCCCUUAACUUAGAUUUUUGGAGUCUACCAAUUUUAAACAGUCUCAAGUGUAAGAAGCCGAAACUAUAAUGAUGAUUGGAGACUUGACUGAUAAAAGAAAGGCACAAAUGUUCCGUCCUGGUUUUUCCUUUCCAUCUUUGCAUCGUCUUUCUGUCCGUGUGUUUUUAUUAUCGUCCGUUACGUUCUUAUUCCGUUUUUUGAAUUUAUAUGUACAUACAUACAGACAUAUAUCAUAUUUAUUCUAUUCUUUCAAAUUACGCUAUCUGGCAGUACGUUCUGCUAUUUAUUAAUCUGUCAUUCAGUUAAUUUGUAUAAACAGAACGACUGAUAUAUAUAUAUAUAUAGAUGCUGUUUGUUUUCAGUUUGAAUAAGUUAUUCAUUUCUUUUCUUCUUUUUUUUUUUUGCUUUGCUUUAUACUACCUUGAUGAAUCUGAUGGGAUAACGAAACAUGAUCAUAUUGUUAAUGCAAUUUCUUAUCUAAUAAUAAAACAU